GACUAUCCCGUUUCCUAAUCAAACAAGAAGUCGUCCCAAAAAACAUAUAAACUUUCUGCAAUACCAAGAACAACACUAUCAUAUCCAUAUAAUUCUCAAUCAAUUAUGACAUUCUCAUUCAUACAAACCACAAAUUAUUGGCUUUCAGAGCAUCCAUCCAUCGUUAGCUUCCGUUGGAGCCACAUACAAUCAUGGGGCUCCACCUGGUUCUUCCUCUUCUCCGCCAUUGCCGUCUAUGUCGUCUCCGCCACCGCUCUCCACCUCCUCCUCUCCCUCCUCCUCCGUCGGAACAGUCGUGUCCCUUUGGGUCCCAUCCCUGCCCUUCACAGCCUCGUUAUGGCUUUAUUUUCGCUUAUAAUUUUCUUCGGCAUCCUCCUCUCCUCCGCCGCAGAGAUUCGUGACACGCGGUGGUUCUGGCGGCGCACGAAAACAAGCACCGCGUUUCAGUGGCUCCUCUGCUUUCCGCUCGGGACUCGACCCUCUGGGCGCGUGUUCUUCUGGUCAUAUAUAUUCUACCUCUCUCGAUUCCUACAUUUUCUCCAAACAUUCUUCACAAUCCUCACAUACCGAAAAUUGAAUUUCUUCACACUUUUCAACCAGUCUAGUAUGUUGUUGAUGUCCUUUAUCUGGCUCGAAUUCUCACAAUCGUUUCAAGUAAUUGCGAUUUUGCUGACGGCAUUGCUGCACUCAGUGGAUUAUGGGUACCAGUUCUGGACGGCGAUUGGGCUUCCGAGCGCAUGCUUCCCGUUCGUGGUAAAUUGUCAGGUGGUAUUGCUGGGUUGCAAUUUGGUUUGCCAUUCAGGGGUGUUUCUGGUGCAUUUGUUGAAAGGUGGGUGCAAUGGCAUGGGAGCUUGGGGUUUGAAUGCGGUCUUGAAUUGCGUCAUUUUGUUGCCGGUAUUGAGAUUCUACUUGAAAUUGCGUUCGAGGAAAAGAAAGAUCUCACAAGAAGAUGUUUCUUCUUCAAGGCACGGGUCGCGGAAUCUAAAAGAAAAGGAGAGUUGAAUGUUUGCUUUGAGAGUUGAAUGCUUGUUUUGAUUUCAAUUUUUGAAAACGUUUAUAUGAAUUUUUCGUUUGAAGAGGAAAAAUAGAAAAUUAUUGUAAAUACCCAGAUGAGAACUAUUUCAUUUUU